GGAAAGGAGGUGGUCGGUCAGUGGCUGUGGCUCAGUGCCAGUGUGCGCGCGAGCACGAGGGAGGAGACGCGCGCCGCUCGUUUCGUUUCGCUCGUCCGACGCGGGCCGGCGCGGCAGCUUCCUCGGUACGCCCCGGAGCCCCGCCCCGCUCCACUCCACCCCCCCACCCGAGACCGAGAGUCCGAGAUGGCGCUCGCCGCGUGCCCGCGCUACGACAUAAGCCACCCCCGGGCCUUCGCUCCCGCUUCCGGAAGCCGCGGCCUCGGCCUCCUCCGCGCCCCGAGAUCUGCCGCCUCCCGGCCCCGGGGCCGCCUCCGCCGCCGCAGCCGCGCCAUGGCCGCCUACGGAGGCGUCCACUCUACCACCGACGGCGACGGCGCCGGAGCUUCCCACGCGCCCCCGUCGCUGCUCGUCUUCUCAGGUGGUACAGCAUUUAAUGGUGUUGUUGAAGAGCUGAAGAAAGUUACUACUCGAGUUGCACAUGUGCUCCCUGUUUCUGAUGAUGGUGGAAGCACAGCUGAGAUCGUGCGCGUGCUUGGUGGACCUGCUGUGGGAGACAUAAGGUCAAGAUGUUUGAGAUUGUCUGAUGAAAGUACUUCAGAAGCCCUUUCUGUUCGAAAGUUGCUUGGGCAUCGCUUGCCUAUUGAUCCUUCAGAAGCAAAGCUGGAGUGGUACCAGAUUGUAGAAGGAGAACACUCUUUAUGGGAUGGAGUCUCUCGGCCGUACAGGGAAACAAUUCGUGCAUUUUUGGUCUACUUUCAUAAUGAGAUACUUCGAAGGUCAGCUGAAAUGUUUUGCUUCACCAACGGCAGCAUUGGGAAUUUCUUUUUUGCUGGGGCACGCAUAUUCUUCCAGUCGUUGGAUGCUGCAAUUUUUUUGUUUUCUCGCGUAUCACAGAUCCCCGCAGAAAGUCUUGUGCUUCCUGUUAUAUCAACGAAUGACAGACUUACUCUGGGAUGUGAACUAUGGGAUGGGACUAUCAUUCGCGGCCAAAACGAAAUAUCACAUCCAAGCAAUGGACGCCGAGAAGUUGUCACUAAGGAUUGUAAUUCGUGUACUGCACUUCCUUCAAGGAUCAAACGUGUGUUUUACAUGUCAAGUGAAGGUAGCAACCUGCUGCAUGAGGUUUUUCCUAAAGCUAACCAUACAGUUUUGGAGCAGUUAAGUAAAGUGGACUGCAUUGUCUAUGCUAUGGGCUCACUCUUUACAUCAGUUUGUCCAUCACUGGUAUUGCGUGGCAUUGGUGAGACUAUAGCGUCAAGAUCCAUCCCCAAGGUACUUCUUCUGAAUGGGUCACAUGAUAGAGAGACUGCUGGGCUGUCCGCUUCUGGAUUUGUAACUGCAAUUACUGAUUCUCUAAAUCGGACGUAUGGAGAUCCUCACAAAAGCCUACAAAAUCGACCCAGUGACUAUGUAAAUGCUAUAUUGGUUCCAGAAGGAGGUCAAGUUCCUUUAGAUAUUGAAAACUUGUCUGCUCAGGGAAUCUUUCAUGUGGUAACUGUGGAGUCAGUACAUGACCCGAAGGUGGGCGUUAUAUUUGAUCCACAAUCACUAAUCCAAGCUCUAACCAGUCUCAUAUCUGAGGAGAUAAAUACGCACCUCUCUGAACUUGGUUAUCUAACGGAAAAUGUCAAAUUAGGAAGUUGAGGUAGUACAAUGAUAUGUAUAUAUCACUCUUACCAAUUUAUUGUUUUGCCAAUUGAUCCAUUGUGUUAGUGCUCCUAAUUCUAUUUUAGCUAGAAGUGGUUGCAAUUCUACAUGACUUGAUAUGAUUAAUGGAAAAUGUGAAACCUACUUCGCUUUC